ACACAUGUUUUUCUUUACUCCGUUGCGUUUGACCCCGCACUAAACCCGAUAUUUCAUAGUUUUGGGGCUGGCUAGCGGUCCUCCAACGUUGGAGCACUUGGAGCGCAAGUAAGUGAGAGUCUUGCCAUCGUCCGUCGUGUCGUGACUCGUGCUGCCCGUGAGUUCAGUGUAAUAAGUCGAACGAACUGUUCUUAGUUGGAGUUGAUUUGACACGGGACGUGGACGGCUAUCCGUAUCUCUGCUCGUCGGUUUUGCUGAGAAGGUGUAUUUUGCUACUUUCCCACGAUUGCUGGGUGGGUACAUGUGGCAUUUUGUGCAGAGCAUUUAUUGUUUUUCAGUGAUUAGGCAACAAAAAGGCUCUGAUCGAAAGUUCUCUCAAGUCUCGAGUGUGAUAAGGCUUUGAUGGUUUGGCCGAGUUAAGAAAAACGGCAGGUGAAGUUGAUAAUUUACUGCAAUUAUCGUGGAAGAUUGCUAGUGCGUUGUAUUGCGUAAAGUGAAUGGUGCUCCACUCGGAGAAUGUUCGAAAGUUGCAAGAGUGUAGUAAGAUUCAGUGGCAAAAUGUGUAGAAAAUUGAAGUCUCGUGUUGCAAAUACGGAUAUCUAAUCAUUUGUGUAUCGGGACCAACUUUUGGAACAACUACAAAUAGUCAAACUCUAAGUUGCUGAUGAUCCAUAGGAGAAAAACACCUGAAUAGUGGAAUAAUCAGCCUAACAACAUGUCAUCAACUGAGCUAUACGUAAAGGAUGCCCGCGUUUGGAUUCCCCACUCGGACAAGGUUUGGCAGGGGGCGGUCGUCGUUAGCGACUACAAGGAAGGCAGCAGCACACUAGAGCUCAUCACCGACCAACAGGUGAAGCAUACGGUUCAGCUCAAAUCGAACAGCGAUCUUCCGCCCCUGCGUAAUCCUGCCAUUUUAAUCGGGCAGAAUGAUCUCACGGCAUUGUCCUACCUGCACGAGCCGGACGUCCUCUAUAAUCUGGAGGUUCGUUUCUGCGAUCGUCACGCCAUCUACACGUACUGUGGGAUCGUGCUGGUGGCUAUUAAUCCCUAUGCAGAAUUACCGCUGUACGGAGCGGACCUGAUUCGGGCCUACCGUGGUCACUCGAUGGGUGAGCUAGAACCGCACAUCUUUGCCGUUGCGGAGGAAGCGUACGCCAAACUGGAGCGGGAAAAAUGUGAUAUUAGUAUAAUUGUUAGUGGUGAGUCCGGCGCGGGAAAGACCGUUUCCGCGAAGUAUGCUAUGCGAUACUUCGCGACGGUGGGCGGUAGCGAAUCGGAGACGCAAAUCGAGAAGAAAGUGCUGGCCAGUAAUCCGAUUAUGGAAGCGAUUGGUAACGCAAAAACCACGAGAAAUGAUAACAGCUCAAGAUUUGGCAAAUUCACUAAACUGCUGUUCACUAAUAAUCUUUCGAUGAUGUCCUUGACCGGGGGUACUAUGCAGACUUACCUGCUGGAAAAGUCUCGAGUGGUGUUUCAAGCUUCCGGAGAGCGAAACUAUCAUAUAUUCUAUCAGUUGUGCGCUUCGCGGCAGCAAUGGCCCGAACUGAUGCUAGAUCAUCAGGAUAAGUUUCAAUUUUUAUGUCAGGGAAAAUCUCCGGACAUCGUUAAAGUUUCCGACGAGCAUCAGUUCGAGGAAACGAUGAAAGCUAUGAAAACUCUCGGUUUCGACCAUCCGGAGAUUAGCGAUAUCAUGAAAAUACUUGCAGCUGUGCUGCAUCUGGGCAAUAUCGAGUUUACCCACAAGUACAAAAAACAAACGCAAGAAGUCGAUCAGGAGGCUUGCACUGUAGCGUCCGACGACCUGCACCUGAACAUUUUCAGUGACAUCCUCAAGCUGGAUCGAGAACAGCUGCGGAAAUGGCUUAUCACGCGGCAGAUCGAAUCCAUCAACGAUAGUGUGCUGAUACCGCAGAAUAAGCCGCAAUCGGAAGCGGCUCGCGAUGCCCUGGCGAAGCAUGUGUAUGCGGAAAUGUUUCAGUACAUAGUUCAGAAAAUUAACCGUAACCUGGCUGGUUCGAAGAAGCAGAGCUGCUUCAUCGGCGUUCUGGAUAUCUAUGGCUUCGAAACAUUCGAUGUUAAUUCAUUUGAACAGUUCUGCAUCAAUUACGCCAACGAGAAACUGCAGCAACAAUUUAACCAACACGUUUUCAAGCUGGAACAGGAGCAGUACCUGAAGGAAGGUAUCGAAUGGACGAUGAUUGACUUCUACGAUAAUCAGCCGUGUAUUGAUUUGAUUGAGACAAAGCUGGGCAUACUGGAUCUGCUGGAUGAGGAAUGUCGGAUGCCACGUGGCUCGGAUGAAUCUUGGGUGGGAAAACUUUUCGAAAAAUGUACCAAAUAUAAACAUUUUGACAAGCCACGUUUCGGGAAAAGUGCAUUUUUGAUUAAGCAUUUUUCCGAUACGGUCCAGUAUGAAUCGCAAGGGUUUCUGGAGAAGAACCGUGAUACCGUUUCCAAGGAGCUUGUAAAUGUGCUUGCGCAGUCCGGAAUGAAAUUGUGCCAUAAACUUAUGACUGCACAAGAUGAAGUACAAUCUCCGUCGUCAUCGUCGUCGCCGUCGGAAGUUAGAGGAAGCGGCGUAAAGUUAGUAGUCAGUGCUGCCAAAAGUCAGCCAGCGGAUAAACGACGAAAGCCAAUGACCCAAAAGCAGCAAAGAAAAACUGUCGGCUCGCAGUUCCGAGAUAGCUUGACGCUCUUGAUAACCACACUUCACAACACGACGCCGCACUAUGUCAGGUGUAUUAAGCCCAAUGAGGACAAAGCCGCCUUCAAAUGGGAAGCUCCGAAGAUCGUACAGCAGUUGCGAGCCUGUGGGGUGUUGGAAACCGUGCGAAUUUCUGCCGCCGGUUUCCCGUCUCGCUGGCAGUACGAAGACUUCUACGACCGGUACCGGUUGCUGUGUAAACGCGUACAAAUCGUUGACUGGAACGUUAAGUCCACCUGUACCAACAUCGUCCGCAAUUGGCUGUCCGACCCGGACAAGUAUCGCCUGGGUAAGACACAGAUCUUUUUCCGAGCGGGUCAGGUUGCCUAUCUGGAGCAGCUGAGAAGCGACGUACGGAAAAAGCACAUUAUUCUGGUUCAAUCUCUGAUAAGAAGGUUUAUCUGUCGACACAAAUAUUUGCGGCUGAAGCGCACGGCUCUCGGACUGCAACGUCACGCCAGAGGGAUGCUGGCACGAAAGAGAGCGGAUAAUCUGCGCAAAAAUCGGGCAGCAAUUAAAAUUCAACGCUACGUACGUGGUUGGCUGCAGCGGUCGAAAUAUCGCAAAAUUCGCAAGACGGUCCUCGGUUUACAAACAUUCGCCCGCGGAAUGCUGGCCCGAAAACACUUCCGAAUGGUCUUGGACAACUACAAAGCCACUCAGAUACAACGAUUCUGCCGGGGCUAUCUGGCUCGGCAAAGGGCUUGCAAGCGGUUGGCCGAUAUCGUCAAAUGCCAGGCUACCAUUCGUCGCUUUUUGGCGCGUCGUCUUUUUAAGCGCAUGAAAGCGGAAGCCCGCACUAUUUCUCACAUUCAAAAGAUGUACAAAGGUUUGGAGAACAAAAUUAUCGAGCUGCAGCAGCGUUACGAUCAGAUUUCGAAAGAAAAUGCUGCUCUAAAGAAGCAGAAUGUGGAGAUUCCGGAAAUGCGUCAGAAGUUGGAGGCGAUGAAACGACAGGAGAAAGAACUGAAGUCUUUGAAGAUUCAGUUAGAGCAAAAGGACGAAAAGCUUUUGUUCGUCAUCAAGCAGCUAGAGAACGAACGGGACGAGAAAAUGAUUUUGCUGGAAGAAAAACAAAAGGAAGAGGAAGAGAGAUUGAAGGAACGAAAUUUGCUAGAACAGGACCUCGCCAAAAUGCGCGAUCAGGUUAAUGAGUUCGGCGAUGUUACGAAGAUGGAGCGCACUCGACUGCUGUCGCAGGCAGACUCUAACGAAAUACAUGUAGCGUACCAACGAAUGGUUAAAGACAAGGAUCAGCUUGAGAAUGAAAACCAAUCUUUGAGGCACGAGUUGCGCCGUCUCCAGCACAUCAUCACUAAUUCACACGAGCUGAAAACGCACUCCCGUUCGGUCAGUAAUGCAUCCAGUACAAAUGAGGAAGACUUUGGUUACAAUUCCGGUAAAAACACGCUGGAGAUUCAUCGCUCUCCUCAGUCUCAUGAAGGUGAAAUUAAUAAUAAUGUUAAACAACAAGUUAGUGGACAUGUUAGCGUUAGUAACGUCCCUCCUCAGUCCUAUUUAAACGCUUCCCACACGACGACAGCAGUCCCUGUGGCUGCUGAAAUGCGUGCUAAUAGUGCCAGUGGUAGUUCAUCGAUAGGUAACCCAACUAGUUAUAGUUCAAUGGACACUUUGCCAAGGGGAAGUGUCGUUCCUAUUCUAGAUUCUGACCGUGUUUAUAAAACUCCGCCAGAAUCGUUCAGUAUGCUAAAAGAUCAUUCAACACCGAACACGAACGAAACCCCGGAAAAGGAUCAAACCGCUAUCAUCCUAAAAAUGCGCAAACUUUUCGAAGAGGAGAAAUCAAAGAGUGACCAACUGCGCAAAGAAGUGGCCCGAUUCCGCAAGAGUUCCUCCUUCAGUACGGAAGACUCGAUACGCGCCUCGGAGCUGGAGGUGGAGUUUGAAAAACUCCGACAGGAUUACAACCUGCUGCGAAACAGCAUCAAGCGGGGCGUGGAAGAUCGCGAAAUGGAAGCGCAGUAUACGGCACUGCAGGAUGAACUGAAGCGCCGCCGUGACGAGUGUAUUUCGCUCAAGGCGGUUCUGGCGCAGCAGAGCCAAUCGUUGCGAACGUUAGGCCAGUCGCAGGUGAAUCCCAACGGUGGAGACACGAGUUUGAAGAUCCAUGACGAGGGCGAAUUGAUGGAAGUGUAUCAGGCAACUAAGUUGGUCAAUCGACAGCUGGAGGCUGAGCUGAGUGCGAUGAUGGAAGCUAAUAACGAAACCCUGGUGGAGAAUAAUAAAAUUAUUGACGGAUUGCGGAAGGAGGUUCAGAACUUGCAAAAUAUUUUGCAGAGUAGAAUGGAAAAUCCGUCGGAAAGCAAUAUCGAUGCUUUGAAACAGAGUGAACAGUAUUUGAGGCAUGAACUAAAGAAAUCUACGGCAGCCUACGUGGAACUGCAAGAGCAGUUUAAUGAACUGCUAAUUAAGAUCAACGAAUUAACGAAAAAGAAUAACAUCCUGUCGAACCGGUUGCGGGAUCACGGCUUGAAUGAUUCCAUUUUAAUGAACGACGAGUUCCAAAAUAUGGUGAUGGUAAAGAAAAAGGCUCAGUCUUACCAAGGAAUACUGAAAUAUCGUCAAGAAGAUGAGAAUAAAAUUAUUCAACGGUUAGUUACGGAUCUCAAACCAAGAGUAGCUGUUACGUUAACGCCCAAUCUACCGGCCUAUGUGGUAUUUAUGUGUAUACGAUACACUGAUCUGGUGAAUACCGAUCAGCAUGUGCGUUCUCUGCUAACCCGUUUCGUACAAAUAAUUAAAAAGCUCUAUAAAUUACCGAACACUGCAGAAGUGCGUGUCAUGUGGCUAGUCAAUACCCUCACAUUACAUAAUAUGUUGAAGCAGUUCGGUGGUUAUGAAGAGUAUAUGCAGUACAACACUGAAGCGCAGAAUCAGCAGCAAUUGAAGAACUUCGAUCUGUCCGAGUACCGGCAGGUGAUCCACGAGCUGAUCAUUCUAAUGCACAGCGUGCUGCUACGGCAGAUACAGGAAUCCGUCAAGCAAUUUAUUGUUCCCGCCAUUCUGGAUCACGAUGAAACGGCACGUGGUAAAAGCCGUCGAACAAUGUCGCUAGAUAUAUCUCCUGAAGAAAACCGUGAACCAAGGACCCUAGUGCAGCAACUGGAAACAUUCUACAAGCAUUUGUCCAGCUUCGGAAUGGAAAAUUACUACAUUGAACAGAUCUUCAAACAGCUCAUGUACUACAUUUGUGCGGUUGCCGUCAAUAAUCUGAUGCUGCGGGGGGAUCUCUGCAUGUGGAAGACCGGCAUGAAAAUUCGUUACAAUGUCGGUUGCCUAGAAGGUUGGAUCCGCACAAUGGCGAUGGAUCCGGAGGUUGUAAAACCACUGGAACCAUUGAUUCAAAUAUCGCGCAUACUACAGGCACGAAAAACCGAAGAAGACGUCCAAACGCUGCUAGAGCUUAGUUCCUGUCUGACGACGGCGCAAAUUUUAAAGAUCAUCAAAUCGUACACAACGGAUGAUUGCGAAAAUGCGAUCAAACCCAUCUUUAUCGAAAAGCUGACCAAGCAACUGAAUGAACGAUCCACUCAGAGUGAGUCGGAUACCUAUAUGAUGGACGAGGAAAUUGUCAGCCCGCUGGUCGUGGUGUACAAGUACAGUGAAGUAAAUCUCGAAGAGAUUGACAUUCCUGAGGAACUCAAACUAGAGGGAUUGGUCACCAGAAUCUAAACGAACGGUAAGCAAAUUGUUCUUCUACCGAUUUUUACGGUCAACGAUAAGCAAAGAAUAAAAGCCGAGUGAGAAAAAGUUGAAAAACUUUGUAAGUUGUUACUGUUGAGAGCAAAUAUAAAAAAACAUCGAAGAUGUAUAUUUACACCAUUUAUUCGUUACCAUUUAAAACGUAAUCUUUAUGCAAGCUUUGGCGUUCUAUUGGAAUGUUGUUGAACAAAAAAGACACAAAGUUGUGUUUGUACUAGACCAAUUGGCCUUCGAAAUGUUUGUAUUGAUCUGGAAAUCAGAUUUUUAAAAUCGACGGUUUCUGCCUGUUACAAAGUUCAAGUGCAUUUAUUAGUUUUUGAACUUCCCAAUAAAGACUCACACAAUAAGAUUCUAUCAUAGAUUAUUUUUAUUCUCCUAUAUUUGAACUCUUUCGGGAGGAGAACACAUUAAGCAAGAGAAAAGCAGUGCUUCAGCGGAAUAGUAUUUAUUGUACCUUAGAGAGUUAAUAUAUAAAAAGUAUUAUCCAAAUAUACAAUCUGUGGCAACCCUAAUCAUUUAACGCCACAGAGGUACACGUAGAGCAGAAGUAUAGCAAAAAUGUUCAGUAACGUACUUAGAAGAAUAUAUCGUGAUAGAAAAAAAAGUUAAUGUAUUUAUAAAAGAAGUGAGUAGACAAACAAGGAACCAAUAAAUCAAGUACUU